AUGAGCGAUAAAGAAGUGAUUAUUGUUAAGAAUCAAGGGUUGGAUGAUGGUUCGGACGUUUGGACACCAGACAUUGUUGUGGGUAUUGACUUUGGAAUGACCUUCACCGGUGUCGCCUACUCCUCCGCACCGGAAUGGCUUCCCCCGAAAACAAUACAGCGUUGGCCAGGAAGAUUACCUGGGGAGCUAGCCAAUAAAGUACCAACGUGCAUCGAAUAUGAUGAACAGGGCUUGGUGAAAAGCUGGGGUUUCCAAUGCGAUCAAGAAGACAAAUCGUCCAACAUCAAGGAGUUCUUCAAAUUACAUCUUGCGCCUCAAUACCAUGACGAUUAUCCGGGAGGCCCAAGCCGCGAACAAGCCCAAAAAUGGUUUCAGGAUUAUAUUCAGUGUGUCUACCGACACGCAGUUUCUCAUUUCAACAUUUGCAUCCCCAAUUUUGUUUCGCGUCAUGUUGAAUUUCUUUUCAGUGUUCCAACUACCUGGAAAGAUGUACGAAUGGUGGAAGAAACGAGAAGACUGCUCGAAAAAGCAAUCAGCGCUAAAACGCCUAUGCAUCGGGUUUCCAUAGGUCUCACUGAGGCCGAAGCCGCUGCAGUAUAUGCCGGCAAUGAACAUUAUCAUACAGAUGAGACAAUCUUGGUCUGCGAUGCAGGGGGAGGAACAACAGAUGUGAAUGUCCUGAAACUCAUUUCGUCACGAGGAGAGCCAACAAGGCUCGAACAGCUUGGACAUGUUGAAGGACAGCCAAUUGGUUCAGCUUUCAUUGACCGAAGUGUUUACAAUUUGAUACGUGCAAGAUUGGAGAAGAUUCAAGAUCAUCUUAGUUAUCCACCAGAGGAGGCAGCAUGGAAAAUGAUAUCAGGUCGUUUCCAGCGUUUGAAGUGCGCCUUUGGGACAGAAGCCACGGCAACACCUUGGUUGAAACUAGAUGUUCCAUUAUCAAACCCCAGUGAGGAUUAUAUUGAUGCAGAGAUAUAUGAUGGGCAGAUGCAAAUUGCAUGGGAGGAUCUGAAGCUCGCUUUUGACACGAAGAUUGAUGAAAUGAUUAAGCUCAUGGAUGGACAUAUUCGUCAAAUGCAUUCUAAAUACCCUGGAGACAGCAUCUCAUAUCUAGUCUUAUCAGGAGGCUUCGGAAGCUCCCCGUACGUACGUCAGCGUCUUGUGGAGACGUACAAUGAUUCGAGCUUCCAUGACCAUCCAAAUGCGGACGGAAUGCAAAUUCUCGUCGCUGAUGAACCACAGCUGGUAGUAGUUCAUGGUUUGGUCUUAGAUCGGAUCCAGCAGAUCAAACGUGGGGUCCUCACCUUUGGGUCGCGAUGCUCCCCCGUCAGUUACGGAAUUCUCUGUGACAAGAUCUAUGAUCCCGAGAAGCAUAUCGGACAGGCAGUCCGACUUGAUCCACGAGACAAGUUGACCUAUGCAAUCGAUCAGAUCGAUUGGCUUGUUAUUCAGGGUGCUCCAAUCUCAUAUCAGGGGUUGACCCGAAAGUUUCAACUGAAGACGGAUCCAGGUCGCGAGGAUAAACCCUGGAAAGUCAGCAUUGUCAUGUCAGCCCUCGCACCCAAUCAACUACCCUUGAACAUGACCCAUAGAAGCGUUCAGAAAGUUUGUGAUCUUGAUAUAUCCACUGAAAACGUGGAUAAGAAAUUGAAAAACAGACACUGGUACAAUACCAAGCCCACAUUCUGGAGAACCACUUUUGAUGUGAAGGUGGUGGUCGGGCCUGCUGAUCUCUCCUUUCAGCUCUGGUCGCGUGACAAGAGGAUCAUGAGCACUAAGCAUGAGGCUAUUGCAGUGAAGUGGAUGCCAGCAGGCGAAUUUGAUGAUUGA